CAUCUCCCCAUUCCCCCCUUCACAAACGGGUGUCGUCUCAGUGUCGACCCGUCAUCCCCACACCCCGCACCAAAAUCCCCUCCCUCCCCCAAACCCCCCGCGGUAGAACCAAGGAGUGACCAGCACCGGCAUCAUCUCCGCACCAGCAUGUCUGAGGCCCGCACGCGUAGUACGCGCGCUUGCGUCGCGUGUAGCAUCCGCAAAAUCAAGUGCGACAGCAACGAUCCAUGCGCGCACUGCAUUCGUUUCUUCAACGGCGAGUGCUUCUACACCACACCCAAGAAGCGCGGGCCACCAAAGGGAUGUCCGCCCCGCGGUGGCCACCGUAAACGCCAGGCCCUUGAGCGCGAGCGUGAGCGAGCCGAGGCCGCAGCAGCUGAGGCGACGGCCAAGCAAGGAAGCAGUCGCCCAGACGUCCUCAACCCUCCUCCUGGGAGCGUGGGAGUGGCUCCACCAUCUACCGCGGCUCCCCAGCCCCUUAACACCGCCAUGAUGCCCGAUCCACCAAAGAUGAACGAGAUGAUCCCCUUCGAUGCCGAACUCCUCUCGAUGCCGACGCCCCGUACGCUUCCGUCCCCGCAGGUGCUGGGCGCCUCGCCGGCCUCAGGCGGCUCGAGCUGUCACGCCGCCGGCCUGAGCAGUGAAGCCAUCGACGAUCUGUUGCUCGUGUACGAGACAUUCAUCCAUCCGCACUGGCCCAUGAUCUACGUUCCUCAGCUUCGCAGCCUUCGCUCGCUGGAGACAUACAGUCCCAUCGUAUUCGACGCAGUGCUCGCCAUCAGCGCCGCCAACUCGGAUCUGUGCGAGAACUUUGGCGUCAACGGCAGUCAUAAGGCUGGGCGCAGCUUCGCCGCCGCCUGCGAUCUGCUUACCGAGAGCGUCCGCGCACGCGUCCUCUCCACUAUGAACGGGCGCGACCACGCCCCUUCACUCCAGAGUGUUCAGGCGCUCGUGAUGGUGUCGCUCGUCGACCAGGGCGUCGGCCGCACUUCCUUGGCAUACCAGAUGGGCGGAUUUGCAUGUCGCAUGGCCCUGGAUCUCGGACUGCACACCCACUCGGAGGACAUGCGCUCGAGGGACAGCCAGGAGCGUUGUCGCACGCUUUGGGCGACGUUUAUCCUCGACAAGAUGCUCGCCGCAGGCUCGCAGCGUCCGGUCAACCUCCGCGCGGCUGACAUCGACGCCGCCCGGCCCAGUAUCAUGGAGCGCGACGAGUUCGAUCUUUGGCUCAGCGGGGGGGCGCAGGUCCUCCUCCAGCCAAAUGUCCGGGAGAAGAUGGAGACAGUCAAGUCACACACGCUUUCUUCGUUCAACAGUUGGAUUGACGUCAUGGCCUCCCUCGAGAUCAUCCUCGACCAGGUCUAUCGCCCCUCUACGCGGCGCGCGCGUAUGCACGGUCACCAUGUCGACGGAUACGAUGAAGUGGUCGUCCACAUCGACCAGCAGCUGCGCAAGUGGCGCUCCGAGCUCCCGCCCCAUUUGCAAUGGGAGGACGACAGCGAGACGGCGCAUAGAGAUACGGGCCUGCACCUCCUCACCAUGCGCGGGUGGUACCACAUCUGCAUGCUGCUCCUGCACCGCCCUCAGGUACCCUUCCUCGACACGGCCGACAGCCCCGACGGCUACCGCGUCGAGCGCGACGAGCGCGUCACCGAGACGCCGACCAACUUCCGCCUGCCGAACGGUGCAGACGCGAGCCGCCACUCGGCCACGGCCAUCUGUAACAUCAUGGAGCAGUACGAGCGUACCUUCCGCGUGCGCAAGUUUGCCAGUUCGUGGGUAUACCUCGUCUUCCAGGCCGCUACCGUGCAUGCCGGGCUGGCCGCGCACGGCCCAGGUCCCGGCGCGAACCACCUAUCCCCAACUAGAGCCGAGAGCUACCGCCGCCUCGAGCAGUGUAUCCGCUGGCUGGACACGAUCGCGAUGCAGUGGUCGAGUGCGAGCCGCCACGUCGAAAUUCUGCGCAAGCUCAGCGCCGCGGGCGCGCGUACGCGUCCCCCAUCGCCCACCCCCGAUCCGGGGUACCUCGACGUAGCAAAUUUCCAGGGCGGAGAGGGCGAGUCGGGCAUCCCGGGCAUCUCGCAGCUGGACCUCAACGCGUGGAUGCUGCUCUGGGCCAGCAUGCCCACGGCGGGCGACGACAUCAACCUUUGGCAGCAGUGUUUCCCUAAUCUCCCGUAAUGCCUGGCGCAUAUGAAGGCGGGUGCGGCGAAGAGGAUUAUAGGAGAUUAUAUUGUAGCAGGCUGGAGCCAUAUGGUGUUUACGUGAUAGACGUAGUUGUAGCAUGUACCAUUGGCUGAUG